CACUAUAAAAAUCGGUGCCGAGGAGGGAGCAAAGGCAAAGGCAAACGCAAAGUACAAGUAGGGUCUCGGUUCUCUAAUUUCGGAUCAGCGUCCUUAGUUCCACAGGAUUUGGCAUUGUAGUGCUAGAAUCUUCAAUGUGAAUGUCGAAGACUACCCAUCGCAGCCAGCGCAGCAUCAGAAUUCACUCCAUGAUCGGAGCUGUCUUCAUUGCAUUUCCAUUUUCCGCAUCCGCAACAGCGUCUCUGACUUUAAAAUACAACAACCUUGUAUUGCUCCCCCUAACUUCUAUCAAGUAGUUGUAUUAAAAACCUUCUUGCUCUUCGUCUUCCAUAGCUCCCCCUAUAGAGUAUUCCUUCAUAGUUGGCGCAGUGCGACUACAUUUACAGACUUGAUUCUUGUUCUUCCUCGCUCUACUACAAAACUUGAACUACUCUCCCGCACCGCCAUCGCAGAUUUGAUCUUGACGGAUUGAAGGCAAGCACUUUCUUUUCAAUCUCAAUCGUUUUUUUUUCUCGUUUUCAUCACUACUAUACUAAGUAGAAGCCCCCUGUGCAAGUAGCAGCAUCACGAUCAAGUCGUAACCUCGCAAAAAUGUUGGAGAUGGUCGUUCCCGUGUCCUCGUGGCGUCGUGAUGCGUCUAUGUACCGGCAACCCGCUCCUCGGGUUGUGCGCUGUCAGAUUGCGACGACAGCCGUUCUGGCACUCUGUUCGUUAUCCUUGUUUCUCUCCCCUGUUGCGCAUGCACUCCAGUUUCAGGCAGGAGGACCCGCAGGACAGCCAUUGACUCUGCCUUCCGCUAUCACGACGGAAGGUGGUAACCAGCAGAACUACUCCGCUAGCACGGAACAAAGUAACCAGAUCGACCCAGCCGAGCUGUGCCCCGUUUGCCUGGAUCCCCUGCUCAACGGAAGGCCAUGCAUUGGCCUGCAUGUGUUCUACAAGAAUGUUAUCGGGAGCAAAAAGCCCCCCCUCCCAAUUAAAUCUUCGGUUUAUAAUUGUGUAUGCAGAAACAGCGGGCAUCUGCUUUAGCUUUUUCUUCUCGUAUGUAUUUUUGCGCCGCACUAGAACUAGUACCGCUCUGCAGUCUGCCAUGCCGAACUACAGGUACGAUGCUGCAACUGGCGACACAGACUAGUAAGCAUCUGCGUCACGCUGCAAUGGGUGCUUGAAUGUGCUUCCGCUCCUGCAAGAAUAGCAUUUAGCAAUGUCAAAGCGUAUCAAUCUGCGUCCACGAAUCUGCAUCAACACAUGGAAGUCCCCCACUGCCAUUUGGGAUGGGAGGGGGAAUUUUUCCCAGGCACCGCAACCGGGGGGGAAAAGGCAUGUAAUGCACAGGGACUGCGCAGCGGUAUGGGUCGAACGGUGUCGGAGACAAGGUCUUCCAGCCACAUGUCCUGGCUGCAACCACGCCGACCAGUGCUUCGUGCGGCGGCCGCCACCUGCAAGGGUUGAACGGGAGGAAAGGCUUGAGCAGCUGCUACACGAUCGCGAGAGACGGCGUGUGUGCAGGUUGUACUGCUCACCCGAGGCGUGUGCAGGUUGCUCUCUAGUUGGCUCCUGUCUGUGUCUAGCUGCCGGCACCUGCCUGGUUAGUGGGCAUCCAGCCCCGGCUGCCGCUUUCUGUGUGGGCGGCGUACUCACAGGUGCGGGCGCAGCUGGAGUUCAUUUCCACCACGAAUGCCGAAAACGGCAACUGAAGCGGCUCAGGCGGCAGAACGUACCUAUCGUGAGUAAGAACAUCGCCACCCCAGAUUCAUUGCAUUUGCUGUAGGAUCGCAACGGUUCCUAUUAUGCAUGCGCACCCCCCACGACCAAGGCGGGGAGCAAUUUCUCACUGUGGUUCGCAAUUUUUCAUGCUAAAAUCACCAGAAAAUUGAGCGAUUUGCGAGGCGGCUUCACUCCAUAAACACGAUUACAGAGCAGGCGCAGGCCCAUCCAAGCCUUUCAUGCGCAUCAUACAUCAGCAAAACGACCUUGAUGACUCGUGUAUGCGAGGUAUCCACCUUGACUCUGCCAGAGUCAAGAUGGAUACCUCAGGGAAGAUUUGCUUAGGGGAGAACCUCAUGAUGGAAAAUAAAAACGAUACCUCAUCCAUGAUGGAUUUACUGGGCUGGAGAUGUUUUUACACAGGAUGCCGCCAGAGCAUUACAUCGAAGAGUUUCAACCAAGCCAACAGCAAAUGAUACCAUAACGGUGGAACAGUAGCAGCCGCACCGUGAUGAUUCACGACGAUGCGUGCCGACGUCGUGGCUUGUGUAGAAAUUGCGUCAGCCGCCUACGCAUUGCAAACGUGUGCCUGGAUCUGGAAACUUGUGGUUGUGAGUGGUGCUGAUAUUAUUCUUCAUCCUGUGUGCAGCUUAACCGUAGGAAAGCUGCAAGUGAGCCCCUUGCACCACCAGGGGUAUCAAUGUAUUCGCUGACAAGAAGAGAUUUUGUAUGAUUGCGCCCGGAGUGGGGCUACCACUACCUUGCGAAAGAACUAUAUAUGAUUUUACGAUAGGACUCUAGAGCACUCUUGAAGCGUGUGUAAGAAUUCUACCUUACUCUGCUUCUGGCUCCUCAUAUGACAUCAAACCAUCGAGACGAUUCACAGAGUGGAAAGCGGCCAUUUACAUCUGAGGCCUUUAUUUUAUGAAGAAGUAGUCUAGCAUACGAGACAGCGCUCGCAGCGGGUCUACUUUGAAAGAGAACUUCUAUGUCUGAUUUUAUGAUACUUUAGAAGAGCACUGCACGUUCACUUGAAGCGAAUGUAUGCCAAGUUCCACCUGGCAAUUAAGUAGGUAGUGGCAUUCGCCAGAGUGCAGGAUGCGCGAUGUGAAGUGCAGGCAGCUCGCAGCUGCAUCAGCUUCAUAUCAAAAGACUGUGGAUCAAGUAACACGACGCUUGCAGCGGCAACCGCAAUAAUACUGCCAUCAGGAACAAGGAAU